AUGGCCGAGGCAGUGGUCCAACUACGUUGCGGCGUGAAGAAUGAUCACUGGGGAAAGAGAGGAACGGAGUCUAUCGUGGCCCAGCUGUGGUCGAAGUCGCCCAACAUCGCACAGAUCGACGACUCCAAGCAUUACUCGGAGAUGUGGCUGGGCACUUAUCCUUCCAAUCCGUCGUAUCUCUUGUCAACUGGCGAACAUCUUGGAGAGUAUCUGAAGAAGAACCCGCAGCUUGUAGGAAAGUCUGUUCACGAUCGAUGGGGACCAGAGAUUCCUUUCUUACCCAAGAUCCUCUCAUUCAGCAAAGCCCUACCUCUCCAAAUCCACCCAGACCUCAGUCUCGCCGCAAAACUACAUAAAGAAGACCCCAAGAAAUACGGCGACCCAAUGCACAAGCCAGAGAUAGCAAUUGCACUCUCCAAGUUCGAGCUCUUCGCUGGCUGGAAACCCCUCAAAGACAUCCAAGCCCUCUUCGAACUAAACCACCUGAGUAGGUUCGUCCCCAAAACAAGCCAAUUCACAGACAAGACCCUCCGCCAAAUAUGCGAAGCUCUCCUCCGCGCAGCACCCCAAACAAUUACCGAAACAACAAAAGACCUACAAGCAAUCCCGGAAUCCCACUUCGGCGCACAUACCUACAUCCCCAGCCUCCUAGGCCGCCUCGUAAAACAAUACGGCGAAGGCGACAACGGCAACCUCGUCGCGGCCCUGCUCAUGAACUAUCUAACCCUAGGACCAGGCGACGCAGUCUUCGUACCAGCAGAUAGUAUCCACGCUUACCUAGAAGGCGACAUCAUGGAAUGCAUGGCACGGUCCGACAACGUGAUCAACACGGGAUUCUGUCCGGUCGCCGAACGCGACAGCGUGGAACUAUUCGGGCAAGCGCUCAGUUUUGUCCCGCACAAUGCGCACGAUGCAUUGCUUCCCCGGAAGAAGAGUGAUAAGGGCUUGAACGGCAAGACGGAUGUUUAUGCACCGCCUGUGAGUGAGUUUAGUGUACUUUGUACUACGCUUGGUGCUGGUGAAAAGGAGACGCACAAGGCUAUCCUUGGGCCUAGUUUGAUGAUUGUCACUAAAGGGGGUGGGUGUAUGAAUAUUCCUGGUGGGAAGUGUGUCGAGUUGAAGGAGGGUUGGGUUUUCUUUGUUGGGCAGGGGGUUGCGUUGGAUUUUGGGACUGACACGGGGAUGGCGGUAUAUCGUGCUUAUGCGGAGUAG